UUCAAAAUUAACGCCAUCUUUUCUAUUUACCACUCGCAUUCCCUUCGAAACCCUAGCCCUCUUUUUUUCUUCGUCGAGCUCCAGCCUCAUUUUUUGUCUCCCAGACAUAUUUUUUCCGAUCACUCUCGCAUCAAAUUCCCAACCUAAAAUAAGCGACAUGGGUUCUAAAUCCAGGAGCGAUAACCCACACUCCGGAGAUGGUGCUAGCCCUGGGAAGAUUUUCAUCGGAGGAUUGGCUAAGGAUACCACAUAUGCUACCUUUAACAAGCAUUUUGGGAAAUAUGGGGAGAUAACUGAUUCAGUGAUCAUGAAAGAUCGGUACACGGGUCAGCCUAGGGGUUUUGGUUUUAUUACCUAUGCCGAUCCUUCAGUUGUUGAUAAGGUUAUUGAAGACACCCACAUCAUCAAUGGGAAACAGGUUGAGAUAAAGCGGACCAUUCCUAAAGGUUCUGGGCAAUCAAAGGAUUUUAAAACCAAGAAGAUAUUUGUUGGUGGAAUUCCAUCAUCAGUUACAGAAGAUGAGCUCAAGAAUUUCUUUUCGAAAUAUGGGAAAGUGGUGGAGCACCAGAUUAUACGAGAUCAUGAAACAAAUCGUUCUCGAGGAUUUGGAUUUAUAAUUUUUGACAGUGAAGAAAUUGUAGAUGAAAUGUUAUCUGAAGGAAAUAUGAUUGAUGUGGCUGGAACUCAGGUGGAGAUCAAGAAAGCUGAACCAAAGAAAGCCUCAAACCCACCACCUGCUCCUGCAUAUGGUAGCAACUCUAGGGGUCGUACUUACAAUGACAGCUUUGGUGGAUUUGGAGGUUCUUAUGGGGUCUUUGAUGGAGGGUUUGGCCCUGGUCCCUAUAGGACUCCUGGGGGUCUGGGUAGUAGAUUUGGUGGUGGUGGUGGUGGAUAUGGCUAUGGUAGUGAUGGCGGAGACUUCGGUGCUGGCUAUGGCAGUUUUGGUGGGAGUAGCUUAGGAGGUUACCGAGGUGAAUCUUCCCUUGGUUAUUCUGGUCGCUUUGGACCUUAUGGUGGUGGGUUUGGUGGGGCUUAUGGUGGUAGUGGUUUAGGGGGUUAUGGUCGGGGAGGUGAGGGAUAUGGAAGUUAUGGAGGUACAGGGUAUGGUGGGGGUUAUGAAUCUGGUCCAGGCGCUAGUUAUGGAGGGGCUGGUGGUUUGUAUGGAAGGGGAGGCUAUAGUGGCAGUAGUCGAUAUCAUCCUUAUGCAAGAUAGAAUAAAGGCAUUUCCAUGCAGUUGCUUAAGCUUUGCGUAGAAGUUCCAAACAGGGUCAUCUAGUUUAAAGCAUUGUGAAACAGAUAGGCACUUUCCCACAUGUACUAGAAGUCUCCUAUCUCUGCGAUUGAGGAAGCUUUUAAGGCUCAGAGAUCAACUUUAUUAGAUAAUUUCUUUUAUGUAUGUUUAGACGGACUUCUUAGUUUUGCUUCAACUUAGUUGUUGGUGUCUCUGGUCAACUUGUUCUAGUUAUUUUUAAUGUAGCCUGUGUUGUAGACAAUAGUAUCCAAGUUUGGAGCUUGAUGCUAUUAAUAUAGUUUGAUCUAGAUAGAAACUUUGUUAAUUUGUACCUCUGUGUUUUGAUAUAUACAUUGUAGCAGUUGGGCGCUUUACAUUGAUAUUUUUUCUUAGCUGGAAUCAGCUAGAUUUGUUUA